CCGACUCUGAUCGCCGGAAGUUAACGCUAGCUCUUGAACUCGCUGGCACCUAGGCCUCAUCGAGCAAACGUUUCGUACAGCUUUCGUACAGAGAAGCUGUAUUUCUAACUUGUGGGGUAUGCAUAUCUUGCCGAGAGAACAUGAGAAGUUACUCUUGCACCAGGAACGUAUACGUGAUGGACAGCAUUCUGUGGCUGAGUUAAUGCAGCUUGGGAAAACCUUAUUGGGGAGAACCCAUGUCUUACCGAGCGUUCCAGCCCGGCUACACGAGAUACAGGUAGAAGGAACAUUCCCAGACGGUGUAUUCCUAGUAACUGUGCAUGAUCCCAUCUGCACGCAUCACGGCAACCUAGAUGAAGCGCUCUAUGGAUCAUUCCUCCCUAUACCUUUACAGGAUAAAUUCCCAGCUGCGGAGACUACAAUUGUCUCCCGCGAAAGUCUUCCAGGAGCUGUCAUCGCCAAAAAAGAGAGAGUUACUAUUAAUAGAGGACGCGAACGCAUUAAGUUGAAGGUGACCAACCACGGCGAUCGUCCUAUCCAGUUUGGGUCUCAUUACCAUUUCACCGAAACCAAUGCGCGUUUAGAAUUCGAUCGCAUUAAAGCUAACGGGAUGCGUCUUGAUAUCCCCGCUGGCACUGCUACCGUCACACUAUGUUGUAUCGGGGGCAAGAAAGCCAUAACUGGUGGCAACUUGAUUGUUACUCGCAUGAAGGAUGAUCUGAAGAGGGGCGCCUAUAUUGACCAGGGACAUUGUCCAGAUCCUGCUGCGUUUGAGCUACACGAGGACACCACUAUUGGCCGCGAGGAGUAUAUCUCUAUGUAUGGACCCACGGUCGGUGACCGUGUUAGGCUUGGUGAUACUAGUUUAUGGGUUGAAAUCGAGAGCGAUGCGGUUGGUUAUAUUAUUGCAGGCAAGUCUAUCCGAGAGGGCAUGGGCCAGAAUACCAGUCGCCAUUACCUCGAGCCCCCCUGCCUAGACCUCGUCAUCACCAAUGCAGUUAUCAUUGACUGGACCGGGAUAUACAAGGCAGACAUCGGAGUAAAGGAAGGCAGGAUCGUCGGCAUAGGCAAAGCCGGAAACCCCGACGUCAUGACCAAUGUUACCGCUAACAUGCACGUCAGCUCCUCAACGGAGGUCAUUGCCGGCGAGAAGCUUAUCGUGACUGCGGGCACUAUCGAUGCACAUGUACAUUAUAUUUGUCCUCAACAAGUCACCGAAGCGCUCGCCGCGGGUACGACGACGAUGAUCGGGGGGGGACGGACGAUGCUUGCGGCAACAGAUGGGCUCCCGAUGAACUUCUUGCAUGCAUUGGAGGAUAUUGUUCGCGCAGGUGCAGGCGGCUUGAAAUUGCACGAGGACUGGGGUUCUACUCCAGCUGUGAUCUCAAACGCCUUGGAUGUUGGUGAUGAGUUUGAUGUUCAGGUCAACAUCCAUACGGAUACUCUCAAUGAGAGUGGAUUUGUGGAGAGUACGAUCAAGGCGUUUGGCGGUCGCACUAUACAUACGUAUCACACGGAAGGAGCUGAUAUCAUCGUCGUUUGCGGCUUGGAAAAUGUUCUUCCCUCGUCUACCAACCCUACACGACCUUACGCCAGGAACACUCUAGACGAACACCUUGACAUGCUGAUGGAUGGUGCAUUCGCAGAGUCUCGCAUCCGAGCAGAGACGGUAGCAGCAGAAGACGUUCUGCACGAUACCGGUGCGAUAUCCAUGAUCAGCUCUGAUUCUCAGGCUAUGGGACGCGUCGGAGAAGUUACCACCAGGACAUGGCGUACUGCGAGCAAGCUCAAGGACUUCAGAGGUCCACUAACUGAGCUAAACGAUACAAGCGAGAAUGAUAAUGGACGUGUCAAGAGAUAUAUAGCAAAGUACACGAUCAACCCUGGUCUCACCCUCGUCGGCUCAGUAGAGGUAGGAAAGCUUGCCGAUCUUGUUCUUUGGAAGCCCGAAAACUUUGGCGCCAAACCUGAAAUGGUAUUAAAAUCAGGAGUGAUUGCUUGGGCUCAGAUGGGGGACGCAAACGCUUCAAUUCCGACUGUACAACCGACCUAUGGUAGACCAAUGUGGGGUUCCUUCCCCCCUGCAGCCGCGCUCAACUCGGUCGCAUUCACUGGUACUAUCGCUUCUUACGGACUUGCCAAGAAAGCAGAGGCUGUUAUUAAUUGUAGGAAUGUGACCAAGAGAGAUAUGAAGUGGAACGAUGCGCUGCCGAAGAUGUCUGUUGAUCCAGAAAACUAUGAGGUGAGGGCGGAUGGCGUGUUAGCUGAUAUCGAGCCUGCGAGCAGAUUACCACUUGGGAAGGAGUACAACUUUUUCUGAUGGCGGAAAAGAAAAGAAUGAAGAACGAAGAUCAUGAUCAUGUAUAUUAUUGUUGUACGAAUGCAAAAUUGAGUUUGUGGACAAAUGAACUGAGCGGUUUCACAUGAAUGUAUGUCAUCACCUCAUCACCU